AUGACUUCUGAAGAUUCAACACUCAAAUCACCAAGACUUCACCACAUAGAUACAUCAUCUAAUGGCGGUGUCUCUGGACCUUUCUGGGACUCAAACGAACGUUGCUUUUGGCUGAUGAAUAAUCGUCAAGUCUACACGCAUCCUGAAAAUUAUAGCGGAAGUUCCGCUUGCGCGACUAUCGCAUCCGCGAACCCUGAUUCUGCUUACCCAUCCGGCUGGUCUAGAGGUCAACGCACACGAUCACUCUCGGGAUCUGACGAUUCGCCAGAUUCAGCAUCGCAUGAAUCCAAACGCAUUCGUCCGGAGUCCCUUGACAGUGCACCCCCAAAGAAUACACAAUCCAAACAGCCUUUGCGCCAGGGUACUCCGGAACAACAACGCAAGUUCCCACAAUACGAUUUAUCCAAUCUUCCACCUCCACCUCCCUUUCCUCCUCAAAGAUCUCAAUCGGUUCGUUUUUCCCCAAAUAUAUCUUAUUCGGAUGACCCUGUGAAGAAGCAUAACCCAGGACCAUCCCUACCUAGCUUCCCUCAACGCUCUCAAUCUGUCCGCGUCUCAAACGAGCACGAUCAAGGCUUCACUCGCUCCAGAAAUCCAUCCCCCUCCUCUCCCUCAUCUUCCUCUUCACGUACCCACCAUAAACCCCUCCCCACCCGUCCCCAAUCAUUCCCAGCCUCAACCUCAGCACCACCGUCAUCAUCAUCAUCAUCAAACCCACCCACAAAAUCCACCUCUCCCUUCCCCAUCCCCUACAGUACCCAUCCUCCCACCACCCGCUACACCCCUCCCAAUUACCUCCGCGACCCCGAACACGAAGACGAAGAUUUUUCCUCCCCCUCCUCCGCCUAUUCCUACUCCAAAUCCCCCUCUUCCUCCUCCUCCUACUCACACCAUCGCGUCCCCUCUUCUCGCGACCGCGACGAAUCCCAACGUCAACGCACCCACCACCGUCGCAUCGAAUACGACUACGACACCGAUACCGAUCUCUCCGAUCAGAAAGAAAAGAAACUCAGAAGACAGAAACGUACUCGUGAACGUACCCCGGAUGAACAGAGGAAACACGAGAAAACUCUGAAAAGCAUUGGAGAGACGGGAAGAGGAGAUAUGGGACGAGCGGCUUUAUUGGGAGCCCUUCCUUUCGUGUGCCUUUUGGCGAGAUUGGCGGCUUAA